AUGGCAUCUUCGAAUGUUGCAAUAGGACAUGAUCACUUAUCUGAGGCAGAGGCUACAUAUGUAUUCAACAGUUCUCCUGGUCGUGUAUUGAGUUUGGAUAGCCGUGGUGACUUUAGUAUACAAUCUUACAAUAUCGACAGAACUGCUCGCCAGAUUGGAUUUGACCAGGAUAUCCCUUUUCGUAAAGGACCAUCCACGCUUUCUAGGAUCCAGCAGAAUCUCGGUACUGUAAGUGGUUUGCGAAGAAGCUUUCCGUUCUUUCAUGCUCAAAGGACCGGCCGCGUAUCUUCUAGAGGUCAAACUUACCGGAUGGAGCAACUGAUGAGCAUAAGUAGUUUCAUACAAGAUAUUUUGGAGGAUGGUGUAAUCUUCGCGUCUCACGAAACGAGUUCCAAACAUCCAUCCCCUUGCGCAAACCAAAUUGGACGUUCCGUUCGUGCUCGAAGAGAAAUUGAUUCUCAGGUGGACAACAUAGAAACUGACAUAGACUGCCUCGAUUCUACCAUGACGGAAGACCCUUCUCCUCCUACUUUAGGAAUUCCACCGACUCAUGACGUGGGAAUGAAUCAAGAUGUAUUUAUUGGAAAUACAACAGAAAUAUCCUCUCUCGAAAAUGCCUCAACUACCCAUCAGUCUCCAGGUUCUGGUGAUUCUCGUGUCGAAGAAACCCGAAGAGAUGAAGCACAUCCAUCGACUGUCGCCGAAUCUCCUAUUGCUGGCCUGGAUUUUGUCGACCCCAGUGCAAACCUGGGCUCAAAUUAAAUACUUGUAGGGGGAUUUGAUGUUGCUACCAAACAUGCCAAACUGUACCGGUUGAUUUGGCAAAGAUAUGGCCAUAUUGCUACAAUGGGGAUAAUAACUUAUGUCGUUCAUCCCAUGAUCGAAAUAUUUAAUGACUUGUUGGAGACCCUCGAUGCGGUACGGGACUUGACUAUGAACAACAUUCCUUCUGGCUACUUCAUAGACCUUGAAAACAUC